GGGGGCCCUCAGUAGUGAAUUCAAUAAAUUCUGCAUAUUUGUUCAAAAGUUUUGCGGUCCGCUUCCGCCGUAUGGGUCCCGCCAAUAAUUCUUGAUCUUGCUCUCAACAACAUUCGCCAAAGAAGAAUUUGGAAUCACAAAAUGAAGGCGCCUUUCUUCAUUUUCGCCGCCGAUGUUUACUCGUCCACCUUGCGCUUCAUUGCGACCUGUAGAGCAUUCACGACUAGAACCUCGGCCCAGGUCGUGCAGCCUGUAUCGCGCACUACGACUACUGCUUCGUCCAACACCGAGGACAUCGUUGCUGCACGAUCCGUGAAGAUGAGAGAACAUCUUCAGGCAGGAGAACCGCUUCCCGCAUUGGAGGAGCUAGCGCGGAGAUACGAGCGCGAUUAUCCCCAGACAGACUUGAGCAAAGUUUACGUGGGCCUCAGGAAGGACAAGGACGGCGGGGGAAGAAAAAGUAGAAUUCGCGGAGUGUUUGCAAAGGUGAAAAUAAAGAGAGACGAACUCGUAAUGCAAAUUCCGCAGCCAUUGAUGUUUCGCUGCCAGCUUCGCGAUGUGGAUCCGGCGGAAGGAAUGAAACAGUGCACCUACGACUUCGUCAGAGUCAUGUUAGCAGCAAAAAGGCGAGACGAUGCUUUAUUGUUGUUGAUGUCCGAAUUGGAAAUAAAUAAGACCACAAGCAGCGACCACGGCGGUGCUGUCUUCAACCCACAGAAGAUGGCCUCGUUUCUCGACUACGUGAAAUUUCUCCCAACGCCAGACGAGAACCCGUCCUUGUCCCGACUGCCCGAGCCGAUUCUCCAGGACCUUGAACCCUUUUCGACCACUUUUGCGAGGGCGCUGGAACAUGCGCGCAGCACAGCGAAACUACGUGCCGAUGCGCAGGAGCACGACGCUCUGGUCUCGAACGAAUUGGGCCGCGGGGGCAACAAGGCGGUCUUUAGUGCGGAGGUUCUGCACCACGCGCACUUUCUCCAGACGAAGCGCAGCCAGCCCAUGUUUUCCGACCCGAAGAGGGCUGCGCUGGUCCCCUUUUUGGACCUGAUCAACCACCACUGGAAUGACCCGAACGUGGUGUGGGCGGGGUUUGCGGAGACCCGCGGCUUAUCAAAUGCAAAUUAAAUGUUUGGGUCUGGAAACUUGUGAUGCUGACUGGUCAUAGAUAGUUGAACAGCCAUGCCGGUGCAGCCAGGAAAAGAUGUUUUCGGCGCUCUUUCAUGUAUAGCGCGCAAUGCAAACUGAAUUUCCACUUGUAUUACGCAUCAAAAGGUCCUCUCGUGCUUUUGUGGGUCCGGCAACACAGAUUUUACAGGAAUGCCGGACAAGCAAUACAAGUUCCACGUUUAUUUCCGACCCAGAUCGAUAUUUGCAAAACAUACGGCUCGCCUCUGUCGGGCAUCGAAGCCGUUCGGGCCACUCGAACCAUUUUGCCCGGGGAAGAACUUUUGUUAAAUUAUUGGGCCCCGAAAACGCUCACCGACCAGCUUCGUGUGAGCGCAGGACUCGCAUACCAUCCUGACUGGAGCAAGUAUCCCAAGAAAAGAAAUGUGGCGAUAUACAGUUAUUUUACGUACACAUUUGCUUAUAACUGGAGAACAAAAAAAAGAUAUGAAUGAACCAGGCUUCUACCACGCCGCGUAUCCGGCAUGUCGACACCAGAGCCUGUCUGUUUGGCUUGGCCUGCAACACGACAUCAAUAAUGUAUUCUUUACUGUAGCUGCAGAACUUUUUUCUUUGCAUAAGCUCCUACAUAAAUACACAGAAGGCAACGAGACCGCGAACGAGCGCCUCGUGUCGUCCUGGCUGUUCUGCCAUCCGGCGCUCAUCAACAAUACCGUCGCACCAAAGCUGCCCCCGAAAAUGUGCCAGACGUGGCAGCAGUGGCUAGCAACGCACCGCGCGACUUUGGCGACCGCUUUUCCGAUGCAGCUUGACGUAAUCGACUGCUUGUAUGCGGAUCUGUGUGGACGAGGUGCCGAGGAGUAGUGGAGGCGCGAGGUGGACGAGAAAACGCGCCGAGUCUUUUGCAGAUCUUGUUCCACCCUGUUUUGUAAGAUUCGAACGGACCACGACCACUACGACUACCAGAAUCUCAAUCUAUCACGUUGUCCAUUCCACCGAUAUUUAAAGAAAACGAUUUCUUGCGAAUGAUGAAUCUUAGGCGAAUUUUGGAGCCUUCAUCGAUCGGCCAAAGCGCAAGGUUUUCUUGUGUUUCUUAUAGAAG